CCCGGCGGCGUGUGAAUGGCGGCCUCGGCGGCGGCGGCGGCGGCAGUGGCGGCAGCGGCCUCGGCCGCCUCGGCCGCCUCGGGCAGCCCGGGCCCUGGCGAGGGCUCCGCUGGUGGCGAGAAGCGCGCAGGCGCCUCCUCGGCUGCAGCCUCGGCGUCUGCCUCCGCGUCGUCGCCCGCAGGGGGUGGCGGUGAGACGCUGGAGCUGCUGGAUCACUGCGGCCUGUGCCGGGAGCGUCUGCGGCCGGAGCGCGAGCCGCGGUUGCUGCCCUGCCUGCACUCGGCCUGCAGCGCCUGCCUCGGGCCCUCCGCGCCCGGCGCGGCCAGCAGCGCGGGGGACGGCGCCUCGGCGGGGGACAGCACGAUGGUGGACUGUCCAGUGUGCAAGCAGCAGUGCUCCUCCAAAGACAUUGUGGAGAACUACUUUAUGCGCGACAGUGGCAAUAAGUCUGCCUCAGACACACAGGAUGCAAACCAGUGCUGCACUAGCUGCGAGGAUAACGCCCCAGCCACCAGCUAUUGUGUGGAGUGUUCUGAGCCACUGUGUGAGACCUGUGUUGAGGCUCACCAGCGGGUGAAGUACACCAAGGACCACACUGUGCGCUCCACUGGCCCGGCCAAGUCCCGUGAUGGUGAACGCACUGUCUAUUGCAAUGUGCACAAACAUGAACCUCUUGUGCUGUUCUGUGAGAGCUGUGAUACUCUCACGUGUCGAGACUGCCAGCUCAAUGCUCACAAGGACCACAAGUACCAGUUCUUGGAGGAUGCAGUGAGGAACCAGCGCAAGGUCCUGGCCUCGAUGGUGAAAUGCCUUGGGGACAGACAUGCCACAUUGCAGAAGAGCACCAAGGAGGUUCGCAGCUCGAUCCGACAGGUGUCUGAUGUGCAGAAGCGUGUGCAGGUGGAUGUCAAGAUGGCCAUCUUGCAGAUCAUGAAGGAGCUGAACAAGCGGGGCCGUGUGCUGGUCAAUGAUGCCCAAAAGGUGACUGAGGGGCAGCAGGAGCGCCUAGAACGGCAGCACUGGGCCUUGACCAAGAUCCAGAAGCAUCAGGAGCAUAUUCUUCGGUUUGCUUCUUGGGCUCUGGAGAGUGACAACAACACAGCCCUGCUGCUUUCUAAGAAGCUGAUCUACUUCCAGCUGCACCGAGCUCUCAAGAUGAUUGUGGAUCCUGUGGAGCCACAUGGCGAGAUGAAGUUUCAGUGGGACCUCAAUGCUUGGACCAAGAGUGCCGAGGCCUUUGGUAAGAUUGUAGCUGAGCGUCCUGGUACUAACUCCACAGGCUCUGCACCUAUGGCCCUGAGAGCCCCAGGACCCCUGAGCAAGCAGGGUUCUAGCAGUAGCCAGCCCAUGGAGGUACAGGAAGGCUAUGGCUUUGGAUCAGAUGAUCCUUACUCCGGUGCAGAGCCCCAUGUGUCAGGCAUGAAGCGGUCCCGCUCUGGUGAGGGCGAAGUGAGUGGCCUCAUGCGCAAGGUGCCACGUGUGAGCUUAGAACGCCUAGAUCUGGACCUUACAGCUGACAGCCAGCCGCCUGUCUUCAAGGUCUUUCCGGGCAGCACCACUGAGGACUACAACCUUAUUGUUAUUGAGCGUGGUGCUGCUGCUGCUGCCACUGGUCAGCCUGGCACUGCGCCCCCUGGAGUGCCCAGUGCCCCACCUCUCCCUGGGAUGGCCAUUGUCAAGGAGGAGGAGACAGAGGCUGCCAUUGGAGCCCCUCCUGCUACUGCUGCUGAGGGCCCUGAGACCAAGCCUGUGCUGAUGGCUCUGGCUGAAGGCCCUGGCACUGAGGGCCCCCGCCUGGCCUCACCUAGUGGCAGUACUAGCUCAGGCUUGGAGGUGGUGGCUCCUGAGGGCAUCUCAGCCCCAGCUGGUGUCCCAGGCACCCUAGAUGACAGUGCCACCAUCUGCCGUGUCUGCCAGAAGCCAGGUGACCUGGUUAUGUGCAACCAGUGUGAGUUUUGCUUCCACCUGGACUGCCACCUGCCUGCCCUACAAGAUGUACCAGGGGAGGAGUGGAGCUGCUCACUCUGCCAUGUACUCCCUGACCUGAAAGAGGAGGAUGGUAGUCUCAGCAUGGAUGGUGCUGACAGUGCUGGUGUGGUAGCCAAGCUCUCGCCAGCCAACCAGCGGAAAUGUGAAUGUGUCCUUCUGGCCCUGUUCUGCCAUGAACCCUGCCGUCCCCUGCACCAGUUGGCUACAGACUCUACCUUCUCCAUAGAGCAGCCUGGUGGCACCCUGGACCUGACCCUGAUCCGUGCCCGCCUGCAGGAAAAGCUUUCACCCCCUUAUAGCUCCCCACAGGAGUUUGCCCAGGAUGUGGGUCGAAUGUUCAAGCAGUUUAACAAGCUGACGGAGGAUAAGGCGGAUGUGCAGUCCAUCAUCGGCCUGCAGCGCUUCUUUGAGACGCGCAUGAAUGAGGCCUUCGGUGACACCAAGUUCUCUGCUGUGCUGGUAGAGCCCCCGCCACUGAGCUUGCCGAGCGCUGGCCUAAGUUCCCAGGAGCUGUCUGCUGGCCCUGGUGAAGGUCCCUGAAGCUGUGGGACCCUUCUGGGCACUUGGCCGUGCUCCUACGUCCUUUGACCCUCAUCCUUAACCCUGGUGGCCUGACUCACUCCCUGGUGGCCUGACUCACUCCCUCACAAUGGUUUUUACUUGUGGAUUUAAUAAAAACUUCACUGGUUCCUCAGG